AUGGAAAUGCCCUCCCAUUGGGUUUUUCUUAAAAUCAACUUUGAUGGCUCCUUCAAUCCAAGCUCUAGGAAGGGUGGAAUUGGAUUUGUAGUUCAUGAUUUUGAAGGCCGGAUGUUGGCAGAUGGUGGAAGACCUGUUGUUGAUGUCGAGAGACAUGCCAGAGAUUUUAUGGAAGCUGCCAAAAAGCUUCAGCUAUAUUUCAUUCGUCUGCAACGUGAGGAGCUGCCCACGGAUGCUGAAAAACUCCGAAAGGAGAUUGCAGCGAUGGAAGAGGAGUUGAAGGUAAAGAAUGACGUUAUCAAGAAGAAUGAAAGGUUAAUCCAAGGGUGGAAAAAGGAGCUGAAAGACCAAUUGGACAGACACAACGCUGAGCUCGAGAAAGUAUAGUUGAUAUGAAGUAUGUC